AUAAAACCAUAACGCGAGAGUGGAAAUAUGUUGCUUCCGCCUUUGAUGAUGUCUGCAAGCAUGGAAAGCUUUCGGUUGGAGCGCCAGCGGGUGGUACAUGUGUUUGGGGGGCACUGGUAGAACAGUCAGACAGUGUAUAUACACAAGGACAGAUUAGGUGUCAUGGGCGUAUAAUUGUAGCGUAAGGAAAAAAAGUUUGGAUAGUGUAGUUUCUAACAAAAACACAACGUUUUGGCAUUCUAAAAGUUAAAUAUAUUUAUUCUCUAUAGUUACUUUAGCAUUAAGUGCAGUUUUCCUACCUUGUGUAUCAUUUAAAUCCGCAAUUGAAAACAAAGUGGAUGUGAUUCAUAAAGGAUUAAUUUUAUUGAUUGCACACCAACGCAGAGGUGAAUGAAAAUCGCACUUGCCAAUAUAGUUCAUUCACUCUCGAUCGCUGUGUAAAAGUACACGAAAAUCCGUCUGUGAAACCUAUUCCUAUUUAAAUAGCAAUACUAGUGAGGCCAACGAUGGAUUUGAAGCAAAAAGUAGCAUUAGUCACGGGGGCAGCAACAGGGCUUGGUAGAGCCUUCUGUGAAGAACUUUUGAAGUAUGGGGCGAAGGUGUCCAUAUGUGACCUGGACUCCGACGCUGGUGAGUUGACGGCUAAGGAAUUAGAGCACGAAUUUGGAGCCAAUCGAGUUUUAUUUUGCCACUGCGAUGUGACCGACUAUGUUCAAUUCGAAGAGGCAUUCCAGUAUACAAAAUCCAUCUUCAACGAUAUUGACAUUGUAAUUAAUAAUGCGGAAAUUAUGAACGAUAAAUUCUGGGAGCUGGAGGUGGACGUUAAUCUCAAUGGAGCUAUUCGCGGUACAUUACUCGCACAGCAGUUCAUGAGCAAAGAUAAAGGAGGCAAAGGAGGAGUGCUAGUAAAUAUUGGCUCAGCUGUCAGUGUAAAACCACAAUUGUCAACACCCAUCUACACUGCUACAAAGCAUGCUAUUCUUGGAUUGACAAAGUCCUGUGGGGAUCCUUACCAUUACAACAUAACGGGUAUAAGAACAUUUGCGUACUGUCCCGGACCAAUAGAGAAUUCAUUUUCUCACAACAAACGAUUCAGUUCUCCUGCUCAUGAAAAGGCAUGGAAACUGGAUAUGUCCACUUUUCAAUUCCAGAAGUUGGAAUACGUAGCACGAGAACUAAUUCCGCUGCUUAAAAGUGCUCCCACUGGAUCCAUAUGGCUAGUGAGCAAUGGAAAACCGCCCAAAGAGAUAGCCUACAGCAGCAUCUAAGUUUGCAACAGUAUCGAACUCCGAAGCCAUAUUUGUUAAGAAGCAAAUAAUUCUCACACAUAAAAUAAAUCUUUAUUAGCUAUAUGAAAUCAUCUUCACCGGAAAAGAUUAAAGCAAAACUUAUUUACCAUUAAUCAUUAAGCAGAUAACCUAAUCGCAGAAACUAUCAGAAAUAAUUGUGUCUCCUAUUCAUUCUGUAAUGACUCGCUUUUUGUACCACACUGAACAUCACUAAUAUAAGAAGAAGAAAAAAACAAUUUUGUAUAACAUUAUUGAUUUAUAAAAUCAAACACACCGCUUGCGGCAGUACCCAUUACUAUAACAUACCAGAAAAAGAAGUAUUUAUAUUUAUCACCUAGACUCGUAAGAGUGAAAACAUCAUUAUCGCUUUUGAUAAGUAUCAUUGCUGAAAUAAAAUGUGAAAAACUAAAAA